GAGCGCUCAGAAAGAAUUUCACCGUGUUUGGGGUUGCAUCGCGUCGCGUGACCGCAGAAAAGUCCACAAAAGUCCAAGUCCAAUAUCGACCAUUUUGAGUCCGAAUUCGAUUGUGUGCGCACUCAAAAGCCUAACAUGCUAAUGUAGCAUCGAAUCAGUUCGCAAAUUGUUCAACGAAAGCGAAAUCAAAACAAAUUGUUGCUCCAGCCGCCGAGCGAAAAAGCGUGGACCCACUAAAAGAAAAGAGCAUAAAUAAUUAAUUUCAAUAAACACAAAUACAUAAUAAAAUGUCGCCAUUCAUGGAGAAGAUGUUGUUGUUGUUAGGCGUGCUCUGCUGCAUACAAGUGACCACUGCCCUGAUGUGCUACGACUGCAAUAGCGAGUUCGAUCCCCGCUGCGGCGAUCCCUUCGAGCCGUACUCCAUUGGCGAGGUGAACUGCAGCAAACAGGAGCCACUGGAGCACCUCAAGGACAAGUACAAGCCCACCCUGUGCCGCAAAACCGUUCAAAAGAUUUACGGGAAAACCCGGAUCGUACGUGGCUGCGGAUAUAUUCCUGACGAACACACCGACACCAAGUGCAUUAGGCGCUCGGGAACCCACGACGUGGCCGCCAUCUAUUGCGCCUGCACCAAGGAUCUGUGCAACGGAGCCAACUCGCCUGUUGCCAAGUGGAUGAUGCUGCCCCUCGUCUUCGCCGCCGGAUUGGCGCUCCUGCUGAACUCGAGGCACACAAUACGAUUCCAGAGCUCGUAAAUUGAGCUCAAUUUAGCAUUUCACUGAGUUCACUUGUACUUAUCGUUUUCGACUUUGGUUUAAGUGGUUUUUCGGUUCAGAUCUGCAGUUGAUGCUCUUUUAGUUGCAUAAUUUACUUUAAUGUUUAAUUUAAUGUGUUUGUAAGCGUAAUAACAAUAAGAAUAAUACGGAAAUUAUUUUACCUUAUGGGUUUCCAUACAUUACAUAGAGGACAAGAGGACUUAAAUAUGAAGGUAAACAUACUUUUGGGGCAGUUAUCAAUACACAUUUUUUAAGCCUUUGUUUGAAAGUUAUUUUAAAAUACAGAAAAACUGCCAGUAAAUGUCUCCGCCUAAUAAAUUUCAACCUUUAACCCCUGAAACUAAAUAAAUAAACUAUGCAGUACGCUGACCUAUAAAAUAACUCAUAAUUCAAAAUAAUAUUAAUUCGAUGAUGCAGAAACAUUUUUAUUUUGUUGCAGUUUUACCAUCUUUGUCUGAGAUCAGAAGAAUCUCUAUCUAUUUUCUCUAUCUGUUGUUUUGCCAAUAAUUUUAUUGACCCAACACAUUAUAUAUUCAGUUUAUAAAUGGGGUGCGGCAAACCAAAAAGACAAGCCUAAACAUAAUCUGUUAGUGCAAAUUCUAAAGAUAGAAAAUAUCUAUCUUUACGGCAAAGAAUUUGUAAUAAUUAGGAUUCGACACUUUUGCUGAGGCCAAUAGCCCCAAAACGCAGUACUUUAUCAGUUUUUAUGUAAUUUAAACCAAUAAUUGGGGAAGGAAAACCUCAAAGGCAAACCCUUCAUGAGCCUAUUAGUGCAAACACUGAAGAUGAACAUCUAUCUUUACGGCAAAGAACUUGCAACAAUUAGGACUUUCAUUAGUAACCAGAAAAUUUCCAUAGAGAUCAAAUUAAGAAAAUCGUAUACAAAUUUAUACGAAGUAAAUAAAUGAAUAAAAACUAUCUGCAAAACAAAAGAGAAUCCAUUGAAUAUUGAAUACAAAAAGAGGAAAAUAAAUUUUGUCCAUUAUAAGCUUCAUGCGAACUAAACCAAUGCAUACUACACAGCCAUGAUCACGAUGCCAGUUCCAAGGAGUUCUUAAGAAGUCUGGAGGAAUUGGAAUUGCUAGCAUGGCUGGUAUAAAUAAAUCUUCCUAAUACUUUAGACGGAAAGUGCAUAAAUAAUUUGAUUUGUGUCCCCAAUACAAACACAAACCAAGGUACAGUCAACACAAAGCAUGGCAAGAUAUUAAUUAACAGAAACACUAGCCAACAUAUAAAAACCAGUUACAAACACAUCAUUUUGUGUAGAAAAAAAAAAGAUAUAUAUACA